UUUGUGCUCUUGACUACAACUGGCAUCUGUAUAUAUAUACAUGUACCGGUCUGACACAGUCACAAACACGAUUUAAUGCUCAGAGGACACACAAGCCAAAAGCAGCCUGACGCAGUCAUGAAGGUGUUUGUGGUACUAGCCAUUGCAGUUCUGUCUGGUUGUCAUGCCAACCUUUUCUAUGCUGAUGCACCCAAGCCAAAGCUGGAAGUGCUGACUGAUGCUUUCUGGGACUAUGUUGCUAAGGCCACUCAGACAGCUGAUGACACUCUCCAGAUGAUCAGGAAGUCUCAGUUUGGACAGGAAGUGAGCGCCCGUCUGACAGAGAGUACAGACAUGGCCAGCCAGUAUGCAGUCUCCCUCCAGGAGCAGCUUUCCCCUGCAGCCCAGGACCUGAUCACCAAAGUCACCACAGAGGCUGAUGUGCUGAGAGAGCGUGUGACUCUGGAGCUCAGCACUGUCAGGGAAAGGCUUGAGCCCUACACUGAAGACAUGAAGGCCCAGAUCCAGCAGAGAGUGGAGCUGCUCAAACAGGAGCUGGCCCCCUAUGCAGACUCCCUGGACUCCGAGACCCUGAGGACCACCCUGUUGCAGAAGAGCGAGGAGCUGAAGACCAGCCUGGAGCAGAGUGUGAGGGAUCUGCAGGCUCAGCUGGGACCCUACACUGAUGACCUGAAGCAGAAGGUGGACCAGCACCUGCAGAAUUUCCAGGAAAAUGUGGCCCCAGUGACCGACAAGGUCCAGGUUGAGCUCACUCAGAGAGCACAUCUGGUGAGGCAAAUGGUGGCUCCCUAUGCUGAGGACCUGAAGGAAAAACUGGACCCCUACGCCCAGGACCUACAGGCCCAGCUCAUGUCCCUCUACCAAUCCUUUGUAAACGGCAACUAAGUAAACUUCCACACCUGCUUCAUCUUUUACCAAAUGCUGGCCUUGUUUGGUCUACCUCUAUCUGAAGCAUGAAAUAUAACAAUUUAAAUAUCUGAAUUGUACUGUACACCAAAUUAAACUGGGUGUAUACCCACAACAUAAUAUUUAUUGCAGGUGCAAGUAUUGCACCUCUGCACUUGUCAAACAUGUAUAUACUUAGUUUUUAUUGCGUGUUGUGAAGUGAGAAACUGUAACUUUUUUUGUAAUUUCUGUAAGUUAUCAAAAAUAAACAGCCGAAUAUGAAAUAUGCAAA